AUGGGGCUCUGGGUCUGGGCAUGGCAGCCGCGUUGCAUAGGAUAUGUCGACGGGGUGGUGAUUGAGGCAAGAUUGGACCCAGUUUUGUGUUGGGGAAGGCGGGAUACGAGAGAGCCACUGCCGUUCAGGAGUGGACUCCGUCGCUAAAAUUGAGCAACGCCGUCUGCGGGUUUGUGCGGGUUUGGAUUUGAUUCUACUGUCCGACUUUCUUCGCCGCAAGUGGGCUACGAGCACAUGUCAGAGAAGUGUCAGUUGGCGAAGUGGCACCAGGGGGAGGGAUUUUUGGUGAUGGGCGAGGUGUCCGAGUGCUUUGGACCUUACCUUUCCUUCCUUCGUUGUUUCUUUCUGUCUUUCUCGUGCUCAGGUGCACGCUGGUUACUUUCAGGGUUGCGAGCGAUGGCACCUGUGAUGAUGCGAUAGGGCAAUGAUGAUUGAGCGAUUGGGCUUCUUUAGAUGUGUUGUUGCAGGCGGUGGAGGAUUCGGAGACAUGGGGUAGACAUUUUGGGUUUCAUUGUUUCUUGAAUGGUGUUGGUCGGUUGUUUUAUUUUUUAGAUUUUUUUCGCGGCGUAUUGGGUAUGAGUGAUAGAGAGGGUGGUUGAUAACGAUAGGGGGGGGGGGAGGAGGGGUUAGAAUACAGGGUUUGUUGAGAGUGGAUUUUCGUUGGACCUGAUUGUUUCCCUUUGUAGAUUCUUGGAGGGACGAUUGUGAAAGAUACUGUUGGGUUUGCGAGGUAUGGAAUAUGCGUUGUAAGCGAUCACUUCUACAGCGGUUGCACUUGUUCCCGAAUCUGGAAUUCUUCAUUCUCUGCACGGGCGAUGCACAUUGGCACAUUGGAACGUUUGAGUUGGUCUCUCAGUGAUAUGGUUUACUCGUAAUUCGGCAUGUUCUCAUUGGCUGCUGCCAGUGGUGGAGUCGGUGCAUACGCAGCAGGCUUGUGAGUUCACGGGUAUUGAGUGAGUGUAGCCGCUCAACGCGAUGAUCAACUUUCGAGUGAGUUGCAGCAUAAGAAUGGAUACACUCUGCUCGGGCUGUUGUGCCUGGGGUUUUUUUUGAGUAAGUCGGACCUAGUUGUAGUGGAGUUUUGGUUAUGAAAGGUUUGUUUGUGUAAGGUUAACUAGGAGGCACCUGUUUCCCUGUUGGAAAUGGCUCACGACGUGCCGCAACGGGUGGACACUUCAUCACCCAUGCCAAAAUGGAUGGACUCUUCGCCAUCUAUGGCAAAAUAUGUACCUGCUCUAGCUCCGAUUGUCCUGAUUGCGAUAGGUUACAUGGACCCUGGGAAUUGGGCCAGCGCAAUUGAGGGUGGCUCCAGGUUCGGAUUUGAGCUUGUCUGGGUAGUGAUUCUGUCCAACGUAAUGGCAGCUCUUUUUCAAACACUCGCUACCCGACUCGGAUUAGUGUCUGGGAAGCAUCUUGCCGAGAUAUGUCGUGAAGAUUAUCCCAGGCCCGUUUGCUUGUUGUUGUGGUUUCUCUCUGAAGUAUCCAUAAUCGCUCUCGAUCUGACAAUGGUUGUAGGGACUGCUGUUGGCUUAAAUUUGCUGUUUGGAUUUCCGGUGCUGCCCAGCAUUCUUUUGUUGGCUUUCGAUGGUAUCAUUUUAAUGAUGGCUUUACCAAUAGUGGGCGUGCACCGGGCGGAGUUGGCCGCUGGAUGCAUCGUUGGCGUAGUGAUCCUCUGCUUUGGGUUAGGGACAUUACUAAGCCGUCCAUCAGCUUUCGCAUUCCUUGGUGGCGUGUGGCCCAAAGUUCGAGGAGACUCUCUCUACACUGCUGUGGGAUUGAUUGGAGCAAAUGUUGUUCCACAUACAUUUUAUUUACAUUCGGCUCUGCUUCAGGGGCAGCAUAAACUUGGGAGUAAAGCAAAGGAAUUAGUUGUUCAAGAGAACAUGCGUGAUACAAUCGGAGCAUUUGCAAUCGCCAUGCUUGCUAAUUUAGCUGUAUUGGUGGUAGCCGCCUCUACCUUCCACAACGUUGGCCUGGUUAUUCUGACUCUCCAGGAUGCAUAUGCACUGAUGGAGCAGAUAUUGAGUAACUCUAUAGCACCAGCGGUAUUUGGAUUAGCUCUAAUUUGUGCGGGUCAACUGUCUUCUUUGACGGGAACCCUCACUGGAAAGGUAACCAUGGAGGGAUUUUUAGAUAUGUCCAUGGGACCGUGGCUGCAUCGCUCUUUGGUGAGGGGGGCAGCAGUGAUUCCCGCUGCUUUCUGCGCAUGGCGUUAUGGCAGUGAAGGUCUAUAUCGGCUGCUACUGUUUGCACAAAUCAUAAUAGCUAUGGAGCUUCCCUUUUCUGCCUUGCCACUUAUCAAAGCCUCUGCAUCAGAGGCUCGGAUGGGAUCCUACAAAAUCUCUUCUCUUGUUGAAAGCGUAGCUUGGAUCUCUGUUGCUCUUGUGGUAGCUGCAAACAUCUGGAUGGUGUUUGACGUCUUGCUGGAUGAAAUCGACGAGUUUGCUGGUUUUGCCGCUCACCUUGAGAGUCUUCUCGGGACGGAUUCGUUUGGCCAUUAUGGAGAAGAUACCUUGAACACUUCUGUUUUCGCUCUGGUAUUGAUCGGUAUCGGGCUUUGCGUUGGAUUCCUCAUAUGGUUGGUUGUGACACCGCUUCGCAUCGAUAGGAUAGCUAUGGAAAGGAAAUGGGUUCAAGAGUAUGAAUUAUUUGAAAGGAACGAGGUAAUGCGUGGUAGUCAAGACAUUGUUGAAGACUCACUGAGGGUAGUGGAAUAUCCCCCUGAUCCGGCCAUCACUGAAGUCUACGACAUGAUUCCAAUUACCCAGGAUGUUAUGCUGGCCAAUGAUUUGUUAGAUUUGGAAUAUUCUUCCAGGCCGGAGAGUGCGCUAUCUGGCCUCGACGGUGACUCAGCGUUGGAGCUUGGGAGAGGGGAGGUCGGAAGAGGAGAGCUUGCCUUUUGGCCGUCAACAGUCAGCACUUCUAGUAGCGACAUUGAUGAUUUAGUCUCCAAGUCGACAGAGCUGGCGUAUCCCCCCGAACCAGUCCACGUGAAUGAUUUGAAUCGUACAUCAGAUCUUAACACAGCGGCUGAACCCUUUAUACCCGCUGCCAGAAAGCGGGUCGUUGAUCCUGUUCUUAUUUCUGCUGAUACUCCCCAUGUCGCUGACAAUGAAAUCCCACUGCAAGUUGUGGAACCGCCAUUGGAAGUGACAAUGGUCAAUCAGUCGGAAGUUUCAGCUGCUUCUGAAGCAGUGGUACAUGAUUGGAAUUUGAGUGACAAACCUAGUGAAGAUGGCAAGUUGGUGAAAAGUUCGUCGUCUCCAGAUGAUGAGAGGAAGUUGGAUCCGUCAAUAGAGGUCACCUCCUCUGGUCAUGACAGAAGUCAUGUUCUCACAGAACCUGAGAUUGCUGGUACUAUAGAAACUUUCUUAAAGGAUGCAUCUCUUCCUUCUAAGAAAACGACAGAGACGAAGAAACCUCGUCCAAAUCACGGAUCGAUUGCAGUUCGAAGGCAGGUUUCUCUAGCUGCAGAUGACGUUGAGUCAAUUGCUUUGAAGGAAGCAGAGGCUGAAGCAGAUGCAGAUUUGAUAGAAAAAGACGACGAUGAGGGUGAUGAUUUGGAACACGAGAACGUAGUUGUGGGACCUUUGUCUUACGGUACUUUAGGACAUAGCUACAGUAACCUGACGUACGAGGGAACUGGUUCUGCCAGGAGUCAGGGCGCCAGGAGUGAUGUAAGUGAAGGCAGUGUCGGUGGUAGUGGGAGUGGGAGCUUGUCACGUCUAUCGGGGCUUGGACGAGCUGCGCGUCGACAGUUCGCUGCUUAUCUUGACGAGUUUUGGGGUAAAUUGUUCGACUUGCAUGGACAGCCCAUAGCUAGCAAGGUUGGCACGAGGACAAAUGCGAUUGGAUCAACUGCUGGACCUCAAUCGUCACCUUAUGAUAAUCCCUGCAUUCAAACAAGAUCCGUUGAUCCUGGUGCAUACUUACCAAGGGUGAGCUCUCCUGCCGAUGUUUGUUUGGGUGGAGAAAACAACGGGUAUUCACUGCGUAAUCAGCGGGAGCCAUUAAAAUCGACGAAUAGUCUUCAUCUGCCGGUGGACCAACACUUGGAGGAUGCUUUUGCAAGAGCACAGUCACACACCACCCGGACAACCUCUUCCGGAUUUCCUGGGCUUCCGGAUUUCUCAGUCAGAUCAGGAAGUUUGGGGUCGCCAUAUUUGCCUGAGCGCCAGUAUUCCAGCAUGCGCUUGCCAUCGUUCUCAGAGGAGAUUGAUAGACAGCCCGCCACGAUUCACGGUUACCACGUCCCUUCAUUUCUUGGUGGUCGGAGUGCCACUUCAAGCCCUGCUAAUAAGUCAACCAGGCCUAUGUCAUCUUUUGAAGUGUAUGGUUCGGAAUCGGUACGGACACUUUCUGGUCAAGCUAGUGUUCAGCAACCUCUAGGAAUAGGUGUUCAAAGGGAUUUCGAAGGAUCUUUGUAUGGUGGAGGUUUUCACGGGAGCUCGGAGGACGCUAGACAGUCUAUUCGAUCUAUGAAUGCUUUACCGAAUAGGAGUGCCAUGAACCAUAGAGUCACUGGUGAAAGAGACUUGAACGGUCCUAAAUCUUGGGACAGCAGGAUGACCACCCUGGACCCCUUAGUGUAUCGAGCAACAGGGGAGCUUUAUCAACCAAGUUCGGGCCAUUCGCCGAUUGGCAGGCUUGGGAGCACGUCCAGAGGGGGAGCUCCGUUGUCAUUUGAUGACCUCUCUCCAUCGGUGUCGCAUAGAGAUGGGUUUUCUAUUCAAUCUGCUCAGUCAGAGAAUUCCUUAUGGUCUCGGCAGCCCUUCGAUCAAUUGUUUGGGGGGGUUACGGAACGAACCACUGAUGGUGAAUCCGGUAGGUCCAGAGGUGGUUCUGGAAGCAUGGGUUCAAGUCGGAGUGGGAACAUCAAUGGCAGGUCUGGGAAGACAGGUAGCGGCUCGGAUAGCUUGUCAAAUGCCUCCACCGCCUUCAGUUCUUGGCCAGAUACAGAUUUGGAGAUGAUGGAUAACUUGAGAACUUGCAUUUGCAAGCUUCUGUGUCUGGAAGGAUCAGAGUGGCUGUUCCGUUUUGAUAACGGGUCAGAUGAGGACUUGGUUGCAGCUGUUGCAGCUGUUGAGAAAAUGCAUUUGGAAGCAGAUGCUCCUGAUAGAGUGUCCCGCAAUGAACGCUGGCAAGCUCAUGGCCGCCCUGUUUCAUCACUUUUGAAAUCCAGCAAUGAGGCACGUAGAGUUAGCUACUGUGGCGAAUCUUGUGUAUGGGGAAAGGGCUUGCUUGUCAGCUUUGGCGUUUGGUGUGUCCACCGCGUACUUGAAUUGUCUUUGAUGGAAAGCAGGCCCGAGCUUUGGGGGAAAUAUACUUACGUGCUGAACCGGCUCCAGGGUGUACUUGAGCCGGCUUUUUCCAAACUUCGCCUUGUCGCUCCAAUGUGCAACUGUGUGCUGGAGGUUUCAGAGAUUCUCAACAUGCGAGCAGUGCGAGGGGGUUUAACCAAACAGGGAUCUAACAGCUUCCGAGUAGAUUCUUUAAAUGGCGAUCAUUUAAACUCACCUCAGAGCAGUUAUCCAUACCCUUCGUCCUGGGGUCGGAAUUCCAGCAGCACAAAAGGAAAAGGAGCAAGUGCAACUGUCUUCUUGGAGAUGAUUAAAGAGGUAGAGCAAGCAGUGGGGUCGCGGAAAGGUCGGACUGGUACCGCCGCUGGAGACGUUGCUUUCCCGAAGGGCAAAGAAAAUUUGGCCUCAGUCUUGAAAAGGUAUAAAAGACGCUUGGGGAACAAGCCCCCAGGUGCAGCAGGGGGUGGGGGAGGAGGAGGAGGCGGUGGUGGCGGAGGAGGAACUGGAGGAAGUGGGCGCAGAACCAACAACGGAUAUGCUCAGUCCCUUGUUUUUGCAGCAUGUCUUUAGACUUUUGUGCUGUUAUCCCUUGCAGAAGGGGUUGUUAAAUUUAUGCCAUGGUACCACGGCCCACGAUGACGAGGGGCUAAAUAUGUAAAGGCACGUGAUGUACUCCCCAAGCUCCUCCCCUUGGAAGCCGUAAACCUCCGGGGAUGACUUGUGACGAUUAUACGAGUAUGCCCUUAGUAUAUCUGGGUUGUGGAGAAUUUUUGUUUGGCGUUGAUGCCACUUAGCAAUGGGUACAUCAUUUUGAGUAGUUUGUGUCAGGGGCGUUGUUUUCCAUUCUGUUCUGCUUUCAACUACUUCGUUCAGUAGAGCAGACUGAUGAUGUGGAGAAAUUGCGAGUCGUCCCCAACAUGCCACAGGGAGUUCGGUCAUUCCCUCUGUAGUGUACACGCCUCGUAGUGGCUGAUUGUAGAGAUUUACUGUAGACAGGUGAAGAACGAUUGAAAGAAAAUGACUGUAACCGCACUUGUGUUUCAAAGUAUCUCGUUUCACUACGUGAAUACAAAGUCAGAAUAGAGCUGGUUUUUGUAACCUUCAA